AUGAGUGCGGACACUGGCGAGAUCCCGGAACAAAAAGAUGUGCCCCCAAACAAGCCAACUGAGUCCAGCACCACCAUAGUUCGGGCAAAUGGAUCGAUUCCACCUGGCGGUAUAAUUGCUUCGUGCAUUGUUGCAAAGAGUCCGCCGACGGAGAUUGUGAACAGUGUUGUGACAACUGUGACUAAAACGGAUUCCAGCGGAAAGUUACUUCAAACACGCACCACAACAACCCGGACCACGCGAACAACUACAACAGUGCGUCGAGUCUGUGUGGUAGCCCCCAAAGACGGUGCUCCGAUCACUUUAGACCCCGCAACUAUUGCCUCUGGGCAGCAGGGACCACUGGCGAUCUGCAAUUUGCCAAAGACCGGGGAUACCGGCGUGGAGGUGACUGGCUCGCCACCCGAAAACCUGCCUUCUGACACACAGCUCGGUUUAUUCCCACUUCCGACGGACAAGAACUUUCCCGUAGUUAGAUUUGCCCAAUUUUCCGACGCAAAUGCCGAAACUACACCCACCAACGUCACUCAAUUCGCCUUCAUGGAACCACAAACCAGCACUUCAGAGAUAGUUGAGGUAAAUAUCCAACAGAGCCUUAGUUUGCACGUAGUCUUUCGUACUGAUGUAAUUAUUAUGCGUUUUACCCUAGUGAAUGUCAAUACAUCCUUACCAAUGCCUGUUGGAUGA